AGUAGUGAUUUGGCUCGCUUGUUUGAAUAAACAAAUUAACCGGUAACUUCAUUUUUAAGCUGCAUGUGUUUGAACCAUUGGUUUGAAGAAACAUACUAGCUUCAGCAGAUAAAAUGUCGGCUUUUAUUGCCCACCCUUCGGUGCGGAUCAGGGGCACAGAGCACACCUACAACCCAGUACUAUGUCAGGAUGACAACUGCUCAGGCAAGGACAAGGGCACACAUACGCACUGCCCUUUCUGCACUGUGGCUGAGGCCUAUCAGGACCCCGUCAUCUUACUGGCUCACUACCGCAUCAAACAUGUUGACAAGGGCAUUGACUUUGCUGGCCUAAUAGUGCUUCGAUGCUGCAAUCACUGUGAGAUCGUGGGCACCAUCAAAGGGGAGAAGAGGUUCAAGGGAGCCCACUGGCACUGCUACCGCUGCCGAAACGGCUUCAACCGCAGAGAUGAGGCUAUUAAACACUAUAAGACCCACUUCCGGAACCCCCACACCACCUUCCAGAUACAGGUCACACAGGAGGUGAACAGCCGACAGUAUUAUGACCAGAAUCCGGAGGCCCACCCUAAAGCCUAUGGAGGGCUGGAAGUGUGUUCUGGGGCAGAGGGGGGCGCAGUGGGGACCAUCGUGGCCCAGCCAGUCCUCAACACUGAGACCCUGCUCACUGUCGAACACAAGGACAGCAGAGUGAACAGCAGGAUCCUAGUGAUGGCCGAAGGGGAGGUGGGGCCUUCCCAGCAUACCCUGGACCGGACCCAGACGCUUGUUCUCAUGGACCCUGAUGGACAGGGAGGCAGCCUGAUCUACGAGGAGGCGGCCAGCAUUAUCACCGAACCGGGCGGGGAGGGUCUGGAGCAGGCCCUGCAGAUGGAGAAGCAUCUUCUGGAGCUCCACCGGCAGAACGAGACCAUGCGGCAGGAGAAGGACGCCAUGGAGAAGAGGCUUAGGGCAGAGAUCCAGAGACUUAACGAACAGAUGCUAUACAGGGACAAAGUGGCCAGGUUACUUGGAGACGCAAAGUGGGAAGAGUUACAGAGACUCAGAAACCAGGUGGCCAGUGUGGUGCAGGCCAACGUCAAGAUGUUUGAGGAGCUGAAGCUGUACCGCUCUGCAGAAAACAGCCAGCAGAGAAUCAAUCAGCUGGUGAAGAGUUUGGAGGAGCAGCACCGCACUCUCAUCCACACCCAGCUAGCCUCCCUGAGGACAGAGCUACUGCGCCAGGCAGGAACCGCAGCACCCAUCAACGGCCACUCAGAGCUCACCGUCAGCCUUAUCGGUGAGGCCACUGGCCCUGGGGAGAUGACUCUCCUGAAGGAGGAACAGAGUGAAACAAGGGUAGAGCGGGAGGGAGAAGCAUUGACCAUGGUGGUGGUUCAGAUGGGCCCUGACCCAGGGGAUUUGGUACCAAUAUCGAGUGAUGUAUGUUUGGUGGGUGGGCAGGAGGAGGAAUCAUCGGUUCCUGAGCUGUACAGUGUUGACUCUGGUGCAGAGGACUUCCAGAAUUCUACUGAAAGCCUUGAAGACAAAGAGGGGGAGGAGCCAUCUUUGUCAAGGAAACGCAGACCCAAAGAGGAACCAGGGGGAGAGAGCGAAGCCAAACUGCAGUGCAUCUGUUGAGACCGUGCUCUUUGUUACUCUCAUCUAUCUUUUUCUCUCCAGUCAUUUCCUGGCAGUACUUGGGGGUUUCUUUAUGGGAGGGUACCUUUCCCACGAGGUGUUCUAAAAGGCUGUCCAGACAGGCACAGGGCAGCAGUGUGGGAAGAACUCUACUGUCAAAGCAUCCUUCACUCCCUGUAGUGUGUGACCUGUACUUCCAUGUAACGCUACUCAGCUAAACCUAAUGACUGUUUACCAGUCUGCUCUGUACUUAAGCUCUGUUUUUAGAAGCUUCAUGAAGGUCUACAGCGAAUGUAUUACACACACCUAUUCAAAGAAAAUAACUUAUUUUUGUUCUGACUGUUCCAAUGUUUUCAUAAAGCUUGUUUGUUCAACUGUUGGUUCCAUUGUUCUACUAAACAUUGUAUUUACAGCCUGGCGGUAACUAACUAACCAUCUAUGUCUUGACGAGACAGUCAAGUCACACAAUGCAAUUGUAGUUUGUGAUACAAUGUGUUGCUUGUUAACUUGCAUAAAAUGUAUACAGUACAUAGCCUACAAAUCAUAUCUGCUACAACCGUACAUUUCAUGCCUAUGAAUGUCUUAUAUGAGAAAAUUAUUAAACUCAGCAAAAAAAGAAAUGUC